GGACAAUAGUGAGUGGUGCACACUUCCUUCGCCCAGCCACAGAACAACAGAAAGUGCCAUUUAAGAGUUGCUGGUGUAACAAUAAGAAGAAUAUAUUCCACUCCUCUCUUGUACAUGCGGCUUAUGAGACGUCCAACAGAUGAACGCUUGUCAAGAAGAACGUGCCCUUCAGCAGCAGGGGGGCUCCUCUUUGAGGCAGGAGGAUCCACGGCACCCUUACAUGAAAGAGGAAGAGGAGGAUCUACACAUGAAAGAGGAAGAGGAGGGAGAGUGUCCUGUAGGGCAGGAGGAGGAUGAAGUCAGCAAGUUUCCACUGACUGUCGUCUCUGUGAAGACUGAAGAGCAUGAAGACAAAGCACCUGAGUCCUCACAGCUUCAUCACAGUCCAAACGCUCAACAGCCCCUUCACAUUAAAGAGGAAGAGGAUGAUCCACAGCCAGCCUACAUUAAAGAAGAAGAGGAGGAUCCACAGCCCACCCACAUUAAAGAGGAAGAGGAGGAUCCACAGCCCACCCACAUUAAAGAGGAAGAGGAGGAUCCACAGCCCACCCACAUUGAAGAGGAAGAGGAGGAUACACACAUUAAAGAGGAAGAGGAGGAUCCACACAUGAAAGAGGAAGAGGAGGAUCCACACAUGAAAGAGGAAGAGGAGGGAGAGUGUGUUGUAGGGCAGGAGGAGGAUGAUGUCAGCAAGUUUCCACUGACUGUUGUCUCUGUGAAGACUGAAGAGCAUGAAGACAAAGCACCUGAGUCCUCACAGCUUCAUCACAGUCCAAGUAAGCACAUAUCAUUUUAUUCUCAGGGCAUUCAAUCCAUCACAACUGGACUGUUCACUUUGUCUUAGAAGACUCAUCCAAGUAGGCUUCAUCACUUCAUGCUCAUACACUUCAAGUCUUAAAUCUAAUCAUUGGAAUUUAGAGGGGAACUGCACUUUUUGGGGGGAAUUGUUUCUAUCGUUCACAAUCAUUAUAAAAGACAUGAUGGUGGAUAUAUAAUUUAAAAAAUAAUUGCAUUCUAAGUAGGGCUGGGCGAUAUGGACUUUUAUUAAUAUCUCUAUUUUUGGAUAUGUUUAGUCCAUGUCACGAUACACCAUAUAUAUGUGGAUAUGUUUAGGCCAUGUCACGAUACAUCAUAUAUAUGUGGAUAUGUUUAGUCCAUGUCACGAUACACCAUAUAUACCGUAUUUUCCGCACCAUAAGCCGUCCUGGGUUAUAAGCCGCGCCUUCAAUGAACGGCAUAUUUCAAAACUUUGUCCACCUAUAAGCCGCCCCGUGUUAUAAGCCGCAUCUAACUGCGCUAAAGGGAAUGUCAAAAAAAC